CUUAGACCUACUCCUCUUGCAGAUUCCCACACUUAUUACCCAAAAUCCCACAGCUCGCUAUUGGUUCUACCCUUGACCAAAGUACAGGGCUGAGGCAGCAUGCCAUCCCCUGGGAAAAGCCGAUCACGUUCCUCCCGGCGAGCAGCUCCGGUUAUUCUAGGAUCGCAGCCGGGCUGGAAUAAAGUCUCCUAACUUUCCAGAUAAUGCAGCACUUGCUCUCAACGCCAGUGCCUGGGGAUCCGCGGGGACGAGCUCCGUACCCUGACGGGGAAGUCGCUUUUCCCCCUGACCCGCUUUCUCUUUGAGGGGAAAUGAGCCGAAACAAGCGAACCGAGAGCCUUCAGCACACUUCCAAAGAGACACCCUACUGCUCGGGCAGAAGCGAGGAAGGUGUCUCGCAGAAAUACGCUCCGCCGGGAUCCCGAGGGCUGAGCCAUGCCCGGGCAGAGCGCGGAGCAGCCAGUGCCCCUCCACACACGCGUGGGCACCGCGACCGGACCGCCCCAGCCCGCCCCCAGCCCCGGCGGCAGCAGCAGGAGGAGGAGAAGAAGGAAAGGGGGGGCGUGACAAGUUGUGCCAAACUUCGGGAGAUGUGCGAGCGGCCGGGAGGAAGCCGGCCGAGCUGGGCUGACAGCCGGCCGCGCCGCCUCCCCCGCCCCACCGGCGGCGCCCACCCCGCCCGCCCUCGGAGCCCCGAGGGGCCCCGAGAGCCGAACGCCCCCGGGGAGCGGCCGCGGCGAGGAACAAAGUUAAAACGGCGGCAGUCGCGCACCUACCCGCUGUCUGUCAUGUCUCCUCCGGGCGCGGGGUGCUAAGACGAGGUGAAAUCCCUUGGCUGGUCAGCCAAGGCGGCUUCAGAGACAAACAACACAAUGCGAGUGCAAAUAACAAAGGGGGGGUGGGGGGGGAGGAAGGAGAGGGAGACCGGGAACAAUGGAGGAGGAGAGGCUCGCCGUGCCGCGCCUGGCCGCCGCCGGGGCCCCGGCAGGCAGGAGGAGGAGGAGGAGGCGGCGGAGGAGGAAGGCGAUGUGGUGACAGCAGGGAGAGGGCUGCGCUGGGAGUCCCCCGCGGCGCAGCGCGGCACGGGUGCCUCAGACCAUCCCCAGCCUCCUCCCCGCCGCCCGCCCCGCCGCGCACCGGGGCGGCCCUGCGUGGCGGCCACCGAGGGAACGGGGGCGGCAGCUAUCCUCCUGUACAGCCAGCGGUUCAAAGCGGCGGCGGCACUGAGCGCUUCCCGCCUUCCCCCCGCUCCGCCCGGGAACUUCUUCACUAAGAGGGGCUGUGGCGGGUCCCGGACGGCACCGCUCCCGAGUCCCUUCCCGAGGAGCAGUUCCCCCUCCCGCCCUUUUGCUAAAAGUAACCACGCCGAGAGUUGCAUGUCCGUGGGCGUGUGCGUGUCCGCGGGCACCUCCGGCACCGAAGGACCGUGUCACAGCGGUGCGAUCGCUCACGUGCCCAGCCGCCCGUGGGGACGCUCGCUGCAUCCCCUUUCCUCAGCUCCCACUUCAUUCCCAGGACCCCCAGCCUGGCGCAGGAACCCGAGAAAGAGGCAGAAGUUUGGGGUCCCGCCGCGCCCUUCGCCUCCGCGCUCUACCGCAGGGGCCGAAGAUGAGGCGAGUGGGUUCAAAGCCCACCGCUGUCGCCCCGCAGUCCCUGGGGUUGGUUACCUCAGCGGCCUGCAGGGCCCGGCAGGACUGCGGCUCUCAGCGCAGCUGGAACCCGUGCCCGCGGCGGAGGGGCCGGGCCCCCGCCGUGUCACCACUCCGCCAGCCAGGCGGGGAGUGAGGGCUCCUCUCUGCACUCCGCCUCUGCCCCGGACCCCGCGGUUUCCUCCUUCUCCUCCGGCUCUGCUCCAGCAACCCGCGCCGCUGCUCGAGGCAGCGCAGCCGUGUCCCGGGCUGGCCCCGCCAGCCCGCGGGGACGCGGCCGGCCGCUGCCGAGGCUUCGCGUGUGGGUGGGGGUACGCGCCAGUGGCUGUGGGGGAGUUAUGUUUUGCUCUCGGCACCAGCCGCUGGUGCUGUUCGUACCCAGCGCAGCUGCUCGGAGCCCGUCCCGGUGCUGCGGGGGGACGGCGGCCGCAGCCCGGCUCUGGGACGGGUGGCGGGUACCCCGCCGCUAAUAAAGUCACGCUCUCCAAGUACCAGGUCUGCCUUUCUCUCGCUCUCUCCCUUGUUUACUUACGGGGUCUUUCAUUUUUAAUGGAGCAGUUUGUACACGUGCUUUGCCGAAGCGCCGAAGCCGGCUGGACGAGGUUCGAGCCUGAGAGUGGGUGCACCCCUGAGCCAAGUUGCUCAAAGACCUUUGUCAGUUGCUCUUGGAAGGACCCCAGGCAGCCCAGAAGACAAAACAAUGCAAUACUUCAAACCCCACGGUUCACUCGUGUGUCGGGGAGGGUUUACGCACGUACUCACUCUGCGGAGGUAGGAGCCGAUUCUUCCGAAGAUCACUUCCCUGCCGUCUCCGCCUUGCUGCUUUGCAGCAAGGUGGAACCCAGCAGAUCAUCCACCGAGGUGAUAUAG